AUGCGGAUACGACAUGUUUUCCUGUCCGCACUCAUUUCUGUGGCGGCCUCGGGCCUGUCGAUGCGAGAUGCGGCCGACGUCGAUAACAUCGAAUGGAACGAUGACCGCUGGGAGAUAGUAACAACUCAGCUUGAUCAAGGGCAUUAUCAGUCUCGCAUGUCACUUGCCAACGGCUACCUGGGCAUCAAUCUUGCAGCUCUUGGUCCUUUCUUUGAACGUGACGCGCCGAUUAUGGGAGACAACUGGAACGGGUGGCCGCUUUUCAACACACGACAAACAUUUGCGACAAUUGCUGGAUUUUAUGACGUUGAUGAUAAAAACGGUUCAACGAAUUACCCCUGGCUCGCCCAGAACGGCGGUGACAGCUUUCUGAGCGGCAUCCCACACUGGGCAGGAUUGAUCGUCAAGGCGAACGGCGCCAUACUGAACGCUUCUACAAGCGCGCAAGAGAUAUCCAGAUUCAGCUCAAGACUGGAUAUGAAGGGUGGUGUUUUGCAGUGGGCCUUCGAUUGGAUGCCUGGGAAUGACGAUAGUAAUGUUAUCAACGUCGAGUACGAGAUUUUCGUACACAAGCUCUACGUCAACCAAGCUGCCGUUCAGCUCAGGCUCAAGUCGCACCGCGAUGUUAAUCUUACUGUGUACGAUAUCAUCGAUGGCACCAGCGCCGUUCGUACCGAUUUCGUGGACAAGAACUAUGAAGAGGGGUCUCCUACCAUCUGGUCUGCGGUCAGGCCGAAGAAUACGACCAACGUUACGGCGUACAUUGUUUCAACCCUCCAAUACGACCAGUAUAGAGAGCUAGAUAUGCGAUCGGAGGUUAACGACGAGGUUUUCAGUAGUACGCAGACCUCGUCCGUUGGUCAAUCGGUCGAUAUGGAGUUGCUCGGCGGUCGAAGGGUAGAAGUUACCAAAUACAUUGGAGUAGCUUCUUCGGAUGCGUUCGAGAACCCAAGAAGGACUGCAUUUGCGGCGUCGCUUGCGGGAGCAAAUACAGGAUUCUUCGCACUCAGGCACUCGCAUGUGGAGGAGUGGGAAUCUAUCAUGACACAGGAUUCCGUUGACAGGUACAACUAUCCGAACGGGACACUACCUGCCGACCCCCGCAUCCAAGAAUUGCAUGUCACUUCUGUCACCAAUCCUUUCAUGAUCCUUCAGAAUACGGUCGGUCCGAAUGCGAUCGCCGCUGCGGGAUACAAUUCUCGCCUAAACAUUCAUAGCAUACCUGUGUGCGGUCUUGGGUCAGAUUGCUAUGGUGGACGUUACGGCAAUUGCACAGCCAGUGGACCAUGCUUCGAUUACGAGUACCACGUCAACGGUGAUAUCGCAAUAGCGUUUCGCAAUCAUUUCAUUGCAACUGGGGAUGUCGAGCGGUUCAAGGAGACGUUCCUUCCAAUUGCGAAUGAUAUUGCUUAUUUCUACGGCGAACUGGUUGAUUACAAUGAGACUUCGGGUUAUUAUGAGCUGAUGAAUGCCACCGAUCCGGACGAGUAUGCGAACAAUGUAAACAAUGUCGGAUUUACUACUGCACUUAUUCAAAGACAUCUGAACGAGACGAACGAAUUCAACAGCCUCUUUGGCCUGCCCCAGAACGAAACAUGGAAUAAGAUAUCUGCACAAAUGCGUCUGCCUGUGUACGAAGAGGCUGGCAUAGUGAUGGAAUAUGGCUCGAUGAACGGGUCGCUGGUCGUCAAACAGGCAGAUGUUGUUCUGAUUGACGACAUUCUCAACUACGAGAAUCCCUACAGCCUUGUAGACCUCGACUACUACGCGAAUAAACAAUCACCCGAUGGACCAGGUAUGACGUACGCUACAUUCAGCAUCGUUGCCAACGAGAUAUCUCCCUCAGGCUGUUCGAGCUAUACCUAUAAUCACUACUCUUCUCAGCCGUAUGCGCGAGCUCCAUGGUUCCAGUAUUCGGAGCAGAUGAUCGACAACUUUUUUCUGAACGGCGGUACGCAUCCCGCCUUCCCUUUCCUCACCGGCAUGGGAGGCACUAAUCGCGUGGGUAUCUUCGGGUAUCUCGGUCUGCGCAUGUUCGUCGACAGGCUUGACAUUGAUCCAUCCAUCCCCCCUCAAAUCCCCCAUCUGGACUACCGCACAUUCUACUGGCAAGGCUACGGCAUCAACGCAACCUCAAACGCCACGCAUACCAUACUUGUCCGCCUCCCUAAUAAAAUUCUCGACACGGCCAACCCCAAGUACGCCGACAGCAUCCCCGUAACUCUCGGUACGCGCGAAGGAGCCUACACUCUCACACCCGACGAGGAACUAGUCUUGCCCAAUCGUAUGCUCGGUCAGACCUUGACGGCAGCCGGCAACAUCCUCCAAUGCAAGCCCCUCGUCCCCAACCUAGACCAGUCCAACCUUCCUGGCCAAUUUCCCAUCGCCGCCAUCGACGGCGCUUCCUCCACGAAAUGGCAGCCUGAAAACUCGACACGGCUGAACUACCUCACAGUUGACACACAGCCCUCCCAUUACGGCCCAAUCCACCAGGUUCUCUUCGACUGGGGUGCGCAGCCGCCUACGUACUUCGAGGUACUGGUAUCCAACACGUCCAUACCGCCUUUCCUCGAAGAGCAUAAUUUCCUCGAAGAAGAUGGAGGCGACGUACGCAAUGUCACCGCAGGCUUAGUAAAAGCCAGUGAGCCGUGGGAUCCGGAGCGCGCGACGGUGAUUGAGCCCGUGAAGGGCAACCAGACGAAUAUUACGCUUGUGGGCAAGGACAGGGUAUGGAGUGGGAGGUACGUGCAUCUGGGGAUCAGGGGGAAUCUGGGGAACGGAAGUGCGUAUGCGGGGGGAACGGUUGCGGAGUGGAGUGUCAUUCUGGAGAACCAAGAAAGUGAUAGGGAAAGGGAUGAAGAGGAGAAUUCAUACGCCAAGGAUGGCUGGAAGGGUCCUGGCGAUGAGGAUGGGAGUGAGGAUAGGGACGAAGAGUUGAAGAUGUGGGUGCAGAGUGGGUGGUUGCAGAAGCUCUGGCGGAGGUGCUUUGUAUAG